AUUAAGAGAUUCUAUGUUUUUGUUACAUCUAACCUAAAAUUCCUCUACUGUCAAUGGAAUUCGGGUUUUUAAAUCAAGGUAACUAUUUAUUUGGUCCCUGACCAUAUGAAAACCUUCAAUGAAUAACAUUGAAGAUGAACAAUCAAUGGAAUCUCAAUUUGUAUUAUCCACCUCCAGUGCCUGCUGCAAACUAUAAUGUGUACCAAAAUCUACCUCCACCGCAAUAUUAUGCACCCCCCUUUUCAACACCUCCUCCAAAUUUCAAUCUACCGCCACCGAAUUUUCUACCCAAUACAGAACCGCCACCGAAUUUUCUCCCCAAUACAGAACCGCCACCGAAUUUUCUCCCCAAUACCGAACCGCCACCGAAUUUUCUCCCCAAUACAGAACCGCCACCGAAUUUUCUACCAAAUACACAACCGCCACAAUAUAAUUUUCCACCGCCCACUCUGAAUCCUAGUUAUAUUGCUCCACUACCGUACUACCCCACAACUAAUCCAAGUUCAAGUGUAAAUAAUAGUGAUUCCAAUAAUCGAACAUUUAAAGAAGAAUUCGAUGAUGGCCAUGCAAAAACUAGUAGCAGAAAUAUAUCUCAGGAAAAAGGAAAUAGAAGUACAUCUAGUAGAUUUAGAAGGGAAAGUCCACCUAGGAGAAGUCCCAAUUAUAGAUCUAGGUCCUCUUCAAGGAGUUCAAGGUAUCGAGAAGAUAAAUAUAGAGAUAGAAAUAGAAGCAAAUCAAGAUCCCGUUAUAGAAGCAAAUCACCAUCACACAAAAGCCGUUCAAGAAGUAGAAAUCAUUCUCCAAAAAUAGUUUAUAGCAAAAAUGAAUCUUCAUUAACUGAUGAACGGAAACAAAUUCUACAGAAAUGGAGAAAAAAUUACUGCUCCACCAAGGAGGAAGUGACCACCAAACUUGAAGAACUUAAUUCCUUCAAUCAGGAUGAGGCUAUUGAAAAUGAAAAGAAUAUCUGGACAAGAAGUACACCGGCUGAUUUAUACUAUGAGAGGGACGAAAUUAAUCCUAAGGUGAUUAGAAGCUCACCAAAAUUGAAACAACUGUGUGACCGUUUCAAUGAAGAGCUUGUUUUGCGUGCAAAGAAAAUAAAUAUGAUGAAGCCACCCUAUCAACCACCACCAAGAAAGAAUAGAGCAAGAAUAUGCAAGCAUAAAACUGAAGUUAGUAGUGGAAGCAGCUGCUCUGAUGAAGAUCUGACAGACGAAGAAGAUUGUACCAUGGAGGAACUACAAAGAAAACAAAAACACCCGGACUGCUUACAUCCAGAAAUGUGGUACAACGACCCUGGAGAAAUGAAUGAUGGUCCAUUGUGUCGAUGCUCAAAUAAGUCUAGAAAAUCAGGAAUAAGACAUGGUAUAUAUCCUGGAGAAACAUUACUAAAACUAUGUGAUCUAGAAUCCAAUAAUGCAGAUAAGCUUUAUCAUUAUAAAAUAACAAUAUCGCCUCCCACAAACUUUUUGAUUAAAACUCCUACAAUAAUCCAUUUUGAUGAACAUGAAUUCAUUUUCGAAGGUUUUUCAAUGCUUUCUCAUUCCCCCUUAGAGAAACUACCUACCUGCAAAGUAAUCAGGUUCAACAUUGAAUAUACAAUAUUAUAUAUUGAAGAAAAAAUUCCAGAUAAUUUCACAGUUCGUGAACUCAACUUGUUUUAUGAUUAUUUAUUCAAAGAGAUUUUAGAAUUAAUUGACCUUGAUGUUGGUGUACCAGAUUUUAGAGAAGGAUGUACCCAAUUUCAUUUUAUGCCUAGAUUUGUUAGGGAACUACCUGACAAUGGAAAAGAAAUUUUAGCAAUGAAAGAAGUAUUGAACUACUUAUUGUACAGCUCUGUACCUUUGAUAGGAAAACAAGAUUUAGAGAAAAUGGUGAAAAUGUCCCAAUAUGAAUGGCAGGCAUAUGCAGAUGAGAUAAAAGGAAUGGUUGUUACUUAUCCUGGUAAAAAACCUUGUUCGGUAAGGGUUGAUCAAUUGGACAGAAAUAUUGACUUACAAAAAAAGGACGAUUAUAUGUUUCCCGAAAUAGUUCAUUUUGGAAUAAGACCACCUCAAUUGAGUUACGCUGGUAACCCUGAGUAUCAAAAAGCCUGGCGGGACUAUGUGAAGUUUCGACACCUUCUUGCGAAUAUGUCAAAACCAACAUUUGAAGACAAGAGAAAACUAGAAGCAAAGGAAAAUAGAUUGCAAGAAAUGAGAACUCAAGGUAAAAUGAAACGAGAUGUUACAGUAGCCAUAAGUGCAGAAGGUUUCUAUAGAACAGGAAUAAUGUGUGAUAUAAUUCAGCAUGCAAUGCUUUUGCCAGUUCUGGUAUGUCAUUUGCGAUUCCAUAAUUCUUUGAAUGUACUUGAAAGUUCCAUCGGUUACAAAUUCAGUAAUCGGGCUUUGUUGCAACUAGCACUUACCCAUCCCUCCUACAGAGAGAAUUUUGGUACUAAUCCUGAUCAUGCUAGGAAUAGUUUAACCAAUUGCGGAAUCAGACAACCAGAGUAUGGUGAUAGGAGAAUUCAUUACAUGAAUACGAGAAAAAGAGGGAUAAACACAUUAAUCAAUAUAAUGUCACGGUUUGGUAAACAGCAAGAAACGGAAUCAAACAUAACUCAUAAUGAAAGACUUGAAUUUUUGGGGGAUGCGGUAGUUGAGUUUUUGUCAUCAAUCCAUUUAUUCUUCACUUUUCCUGAACUUGAGGAAGGAGGAUUGGCCACUUACAGAGCAGCUAUAGUUCAGAAUCAACAUCUUGCAGUUCUUGCCAAAACGUUGAAACUUGAUCAAUUCAUGUUAUAUGCCCAUGGUUCUGAUCUUUGUCAUGACUUGGAAUUGAGACAUGCAAUGGCUAAUUGUUUUGAAGCAGUUAUGGGGGCACUGUUCCUAGAUGGAGGCAUCGGGGUGGCUGACAAAGUAUUUUCCGACACUUUAUUCAAAGAUUCUGAUUUAUUGGAUGUUUGGGUAAGCCUUCCAUCACAUCCUUUGCAAGAACAAGAACCAGAAGGUGAUAGGGAAUGGAUCCCCAAAUUUGAGCUUCUACAGACAUUGACUAAAUUCGAAGAUUCCAUUGGAGUUGAGUUCAAUCACAUCCGCCUACUCGCUAGAGCAUUUACAGACAGAAGUGUGGGAUAUACUAACCUUACAAUGGGUUCUAAUCAAAGAUUAGAGUUCCUAGGAGAUACUGUAUUACAGCUUAUUGCUUCUGAAUACCUAUAUAAGUUUUUUCCAGAACAUCACGAAGGUCAUUUAUCACUCCUUAGAAGUUCUUUAGUUAACAAUAGAACACAGGCAGUUGUUUGUGAUGAUUUAGGAAUGGCCAGCUAUGCUGUUUACAAUAAUCCAAAAGCUGAAUUGAAAACUAAGGAUAGAGCAGAUUUACUUGAAGCCUUUAUUGGAGCUCUCUACGUUGAUCAAGGCUUAGAGCAUUGUGAAACAUUCUGCCAAGUGACUCUUUUUCCUAGGUUACAAGAUUUUAUUAUGAAUCAAGAUUGGAAUGAUCCAAAAUCGAAAUUGCAACAAUGCUGUUUAACACUGAGAACAAUGGACGGUUCAGAACCUGAUAUCCCUGUCUAUAAAGUUAUAGAAUGUAAAGGGCCAACAAACACUAGAGUAUACACAGUAGCAGUUUAUUUCAGGGGGAAGCGUUUAGCCCAUGCAGUAGGGCAUAGCAUCCAACAAGCUGAAAUGAACGCAGCCAAGAAAGCUUUGAAAAUAUCGGAAAACCUUUUUCCUCAGCUUGAUCAUCAAAAGAGGGUUAUAGCGAAGAGCUUGAAGAAGCAAAAGACGAAAAAACGACGAAGCAGAUCAAGAAGUGUAAAAUCCCCUGAGCAGUAUUCAAGGAAGAGAUGUCGCUCGAGAAGUAUUUCCUCUGAUAGGGCACAAAGCAAAUCACCAAGAUUGAGAAAUAAAUAUAGAGAAAAAGAGUCACCUACUGAAUCUAAAUCAUACAUUAAAAAAGAAAAAUGUAAAGUAAGCAAGUAUAGUGAUGACAGUUCAAGUGAUGAGUCACCUGCUCGAUCCAAAUCAUACAUUAAAAAAGAAAAGUGUGAAGUAAGCAAGUCUAGUGAUGACAGUUCAAGUGAUGAGUCACCUACUCGAGCUAAAUCAUACAUUAAAAAAGAAAAGUGUGAAGUAAGCAAGUCUAGUGAUGACAGUUCAAGUGAUGAGUCACCUACUCCAUCUAAAUCAUACAUUAAAAAAGAAAAGUGUGAAGUAAGCAAGUCUAGUGAUGACAGUUCAAGUGAUGAGUCACCUACUCGAUCUAAAUCAUACAUUAAAAAAGAAAAGUGUGAAGUUAGGAAGCCUAGUGAUGACAGUUCAAGUGAUGAGUCACCUACUCGAUCUAAAUCAUACAUUAAAAAAGAAAAGUGUGAAGUAAGCAAGUCUAGUGAAGAUAGUUCAAGUGAUGAGAAAUCCUCAGAAACAUCUUCAGCUUCGGAUGAUUCAGAUUAUCGUAAAUUCUCCAAAAAAUUAAAUGAACACAGAAAAAAAAUUGAGGCUUCCUCCUCAUCUUCAAGUGAUAGUGAUAGUUCUGUUAGUAGUACGUCUAAAUCAAAUUCAUCUGGUGAAAUCAGUACUCAUUCAAAUCAUAACCAAAAUUUGGAUAGUCAAUAAUGUUAGAAUAGAACAAGUGUGAAACAUUAAUCGCAUUUAGAAAUCAAUGCAGAUUGUCAAAAAUAUAAAAUAAGAGUGUUUUAUCACAGAUUUUUGUUAGCAAUCAUAUACCUGUGUUAUUAAUUUAAAAAAUCAAGAGUCAAUUGAUACUGCUUGAUCUGACUUGUUUUCAAUGCUUUAUGAUCCUGAGUACUGAGAUAUUUUCUAUAAGAAACAGUAUUUUCCAUUACUCAUCAAUUUUUGCGAGCUACUAUUUAUUUAUUUUUUUAGACCAAAGAAUGUUUUCAUGCAAUCGAUAACAUUUUAAAAUAAUCGCUAUAUAAAAGAAUCUGUAUAAUUUAUGUACUCAAAAUGUAAUUCAUUUUAAUUGACACCACAAUAUAUAGCCUUAUUAAAACGGUCAAAAUCGAAGUCGGUGACAUAUUAUUGUAAGAAACAUAUUAUUGUAAGAAGAUUAAUUUUUUUGGGGUACAAGUUCUGUAACAAAAGAUUGUAACUACAUAUUCAUAAGAAUGCUUUCACAACCAAUCAUUCUAUAACUACUAAAAUCAGUGAUAAUCUUUUUCAGCUUUCAAGUUAUGUCAAAAAAUCUUUUUCUGAUAUGCCAGAAUCUAAUCAUGAUUUGAAUAUUAUUAUGAACAAAAUUGAUUCAAUUCAAAGCAUUCUGAAAGAAUAAUGGGAAAUAAUUUUGGAAUAUAUUAAUGACUAGGCCUAAGCUAUUGUCCGUAUACUUAUUACUUUUUUGGGUAUUUUUUUUAAAUAUUGAAGGUGCUGAAGUAUAUUAAUUAUUCGAGGUCAUUUUGGGAAUUGUAUAUAACACGUUAUAUAUUUUCAUUUUGUAUUAAUUGUUCUAUACUUUUUAUAUGAAAUUUGAAUAUUAUUUCAAAAUAUUCAUUAAGAAAGAAAAACCUGUACAUUUUUCUGAUGUAGUCCAUAAAGUUCUUCUCAACAGA